UUUAUACUUCAAUGCAACCAACACCCCUACCUCUUUAAAACCUUAUUUAGCAUAGACACGCCCCCACAUGUGUCAUCAGGUAAACACUGGAAAGUCACCUGUGGUUCAACAAACGACCACUAAAGACCAUGUCCAGGGUGUUUACGGUCUUGUUUCUAAUUUCGCUGGUUCAGCGGACAUCUCCUGACGCUGAAGGAGGAAAACCAAAAACAAGAAGGACAUGACUGUUGAAAGAACUGCGUCACUCGUCUUCUUCACUUUACUGGUUGGGGGCUUGUUGAUCUCUGCAGACCAGAAAAUCAUCUCAUCUGAGGCUGGACAGAAUGUCACUCUGACAUGUCAAGCUCCAAACAACAGCAUUCUAGUUGUAGAGUGGAAAAGAGCUAACCUGGAUGAAUAUGGCCUUUUGUACCGGGAUGGUCGCUUAUAUCCAGCCAACCAGCAUACAUCUUUUAAGAACAGGGUGGAACUGCAGGACAUAGAAUUGAAACAUGGUGACGUGUCUUUGAUUCUGAAGAAUGUGAUGAUUACUGAUAGUGGAACAUACAAAUGUUUUGUUGUCAUGGAAAUUGGUAAUAAUAAUAAGAGUCCCAUCAUCACCAUCAACCUGAACAUCACUGAUCCUCCAGCUUCAGACCAGCAGAUCUUCAGACAAGCUGGGAUGAGUGUCAAUCUGACAUUUCUGGUUCCCACUGGCACCACAUCUGUAUGGCUAAAAAGACUUGAGAAAUAUAAAGACAAUGAGAAAUAUAUCUCCUACUGCAAAGACUUAACACCCACACAUCCCAAUGACCAGGAGGAGUCAUUUAAGGAUCGGGUGGAGGGGAUGGACUGUAGCAAUAUCAGCGGCACCGUCUCAGUAACUUUGAAGAACCUGACCAGAAACGACAGUGGGACAUACGAGCUUCAAGGGGUGGACCAUGGUGGACGGCUCUUUAAUAAAACUGUCUUCCUCAACGUUACUGACCCAGGUCACACAGGAGGAGGGAAGAACAAUGGAGACAGUAGAGGACAUCUUGGACUAUCCAACGACAUCUAGAACAUGAAAUCACGAUAGUGACGUUUGUAUCUAGUUAAAUCCUAGAACCUCAACAGGGCAAUAGUAAUGAAACAGCUUUCCUGAGGACAUGGGCUGCCUUGAGUACAAUGGCACCAGAUGGGCUAGGUCAGCCUGGAGUGCAGGUACACCGCCUAGAGCCACCUAGCAGCAGCUGAAAGGAUCAUUUAGCAGGCAAGAGACAGGGUAAGACUUUAUAAUCGUAUUAAAGCAUCUAUAGCUGUGUAAGGAGGGGUUACAUGACAUGUUCCUUUUUCUUCCAAUAACAGUAAGGCAGCAUGUACCUUUAUUAGUUUUUCCUAAAUGCAAAUGCUCAGUCUUACUAAAGAUGUGUGUUUUCCUGCUCUU